AUGGCUGCUGCACAUGAGGAAGAAAAGGCUGCUGUAGAAAUCCAUACUGCUGCACUUGGGGACGAGUUGGCUGCUGCGGAAUUGUAUACUGUUUCACCUGUGGACGAACAGGUUGCUGUGGAAUUUCAUAUCGCUGCGCCGAAAAGCCUUGAAGCCUAUCUGCAAGAAUGUCGGGACCAUCUUUACGCGAAAAUGAAAAUCAAGACCAUUAAUCGCUGGCAAAGUAGUGCUUAUAUCGCCGAGUAA